AGAGAUUUGACGAGUCCAUUCUUCUGUACGAAAUUGCAUUAGGACAUCAGAUACAAUGGAGACCUCUAACAGCCACUUGCAUGAAUUCAUUGUGAAUAAUAAAUAUUUCAAUUCAAAUUUGUAUUCCAUUAAAAUAAAAAAAGUACCAAAUAAUAUUAAAAUAAAACUUGAGUUAGCAUUAUUAAUAAAAAACUAUAAAAAUGCGUCCACCUAUUUCUUCAACCAAAAAUGAUGGUGUUCAUUCAGUAGCAGCACCAUUACAUCGGAAAACACAAAUAAAUCAAAAGGAGAUAUUAGCUGAAAAUCAAAACGUUAAAAAUUAUUUAACAAAGAAUUCAAAUACAAUAAAUUCUUCUUGUGAAACAAUUGAAAUAAUAUCACCUAUUCCAAUUCUUAUUGAUUCAGAUACAACAUCAAUAACGAAUGAUAGUAUUUUUAAAUCACAACAGGAUUCUAUAAUAUCUCAAUCGAAACAGCAGCAACAAAAAUUAUUUGUUAAUUUCAAUGAAAAUCCUGCAACAUCAUCUACAGGAUCAUUAUUAACAUCAUCAAAUGAUACAAUUGGCUUUAAUUCAACAACAAUACCAUCUCAAUUAUUUAAUUCAAAUAAUACUAUUACGUCACAUUCCUCAGAUUCGUUUCAACAACAAUUAUUCUCAAAUCAAGAAGAAGAAGAACAAACACAACAACAGCAGUUUUUAAAUGACUCAAUAAAUUUACGUAAAUUAAAACGUCUUUCAAGCGAUGUUAGCGAUAAUCGUUUAAAAAAUAAUUGUUCAAAUCAAUUUAACAAUUUUAAUAAUACUUUUGUUUCAGAUAAUUUUAUUAAAACAAAUUCAGAUUUAGAUAGCUUAAAAUUUGAUCGUUGUUCUCUUAAUUUAAAUAAUACAUCAACAACUAGUGAAAUAAAUUUGGUUAAUAAUUAUGUACCAGAUUUAAUCACUGAUAAUAAUACUAUAAAUAAUAUUCAAUACAAAAAUGUUCCUAGUAACAACAUUAUAAAUAUAAAUUCUAAUAUAAAAAUUAAUAAUACAAAUGAAUCGAUUAUAACAAAUUUUGAAUAUCCUCAUAAGGAAGAAGAAUAUAAGCAAGUUGAAUUUUAUUAUAAAAAUGAAAAAAAUAAUCCAUUAUUAUCAACAACAAUAACAACAACACGAAACGCAACUAAUAAUAUAUUAACGAAUAAACCGUUAGAUAAAGAACCGUUACUUAAAUUAAUUGAUAAUAAUAUUACCGAUAUAAAUGAAACAAAUCGAAAUAUUUAUUUAAAUAAGAAUAGUGCCUCGUUAAUUUUAAAUAAAAAUAAUAAAGAUCUUGCAAUAAAUAACGAUAAAUUUAGUGAUUAUAAAAUAAAUAAUUGUAAUAAUUUUAAUAAUAAUAUUAAUAAUAGUCAUAAUAAUAUUAUAAAAUCAACAAUAUCAACUACAACAACAUCACCUACAGAAAUAACAGCGGCAACAACAACAAGUGUAGGAAAAAAUAAUUAUAUAAAUGAACGUCGAUCAAACGGUGCUAAUAUACGAAAUAAUUAUAAUAAUAUAAAUAUAUAUAAUAAUAGCUGUGAUACCGUUACAUAUAACGCAGAAAAUUUUGAAAAGAGUAAAAAAAGGAAAAGUUUUCCCAUCAAUAAUUACGUACAAAAUUUUAAACCAAUUAAUAACUCUAAUAUUGAUUUAUUUGAAACGGAUCAACUUAUAAAUCAAUCACCAACAGCAACAACAACGGCGAAUACAAAUCGAAAACAAUUAUCGUACUCUUGGUACGCUCCUGUUUAUAGUGCAUUACAAGAAGAAAUUGAACAGGACUCAAGGGAUUCAUCACCAAUACACAAUCUGGCUAAUUUAAAGAAAAAACCAUUUCAUUCCCAAAUAAAGUCAAGACAUGAUGAAAAUAAUUUACAAUCAAUAAUAAUUGAUGAUAAUGAAACCGAACACCUAUUGCAAAAUAAUAAUAACCAAAUUCAUAUACAACCUCAAACACAUCAGAUAUCUAGUCAAAAGGUAAAACUUUAUAGUAAUGGAACAACUGAAAAUACAAUAUAUGAGCAAGAAACAUUCCCGUCCAAAAUAAAUUUAAAUGGCAGUAUUAAUAACAUUCAGCAAAAUAAAAUUACGACAGCUCAAAAAAAUGAAACUAGCCGUCCCCAAAAUUCAACAACAAAUUAUCAACAAUCAGUUAUGGGAGCAAAUCAAAUACCAAGAAAAAAACGUUUUGAAAAUUUUAUUAAAACAUUGGUUGGACGCAAACCAUCUAAAGAAUUACCAAAUAAUACGAUGCCAUCACAAAAUCAAAAUUAUUAUUACCAAAAUCAACAGAAACAGCAACUGCAGCAGCAGACACAACAACAGCAACAAACACAUUUACAAGCAUUACAAUUACAAGAGAAUACAAUUUUAGAUACCCAUCGAACAUAUCCUCCGCCAUUACCAUCACCAGAAAUUACUAUUACACAUAGUUCUUCACAAGAUUUUACUAAACUUGAAUUUUCUGAAAAUGGUACUGUUAAUAAAAAUAAUGAUAUUUAUUUUGAAACUGGUAGUAAUCUAUCAACAGCUGGCUCAGCAAUUCAUAUCUGUGAUAGUACAAAAAUAACCCAAAGUAGUACCUUAUCAUUGAAUACUGUUCAACAGAAACUUUGGAAUUUUAUACCUUUAUUAAAACGUGAAGGUAGUGCAACAAGUUUAUAUAAUGAAAAAUCACAAUCAAUUGUACAAUAUACAGGUUUACGAAAAUGUGAAACUGUUUUAGCAUUAUCUAGUAAAUCAUCAAGUUUAUAUAAUCAAAUACCAUCAAAUUAUAAUUAUGAUUAUAAUAGUAGAGCAAGUGUACCUGCAGUAAUAUAUAAUCGUUGUGUUAGUUAUAAUCCAUCUGGUAUUAAUAAUUAUAAUAAUAAUAACAAUAACAAUAAUAUUACAAUAAAACGUGAUAGCAAUAGCAGUUGUAAUGGUAUUGAAUUACCAAUAAAGCCUUUAAAUCGCCUUCGUAAUAGUUCAUCUAUAACAAAUGCAAAUUGCUCACGUUGUUCUAGUCUUUUAUCUAUUACUGCAUCUAGCUCUAGAUAUUCUUUAAAUAAUUCAAAUAACAAUAGCAAUAGCAAUAAUAAUAAUAAUAGUAAUAAUAAUUAUUUUAAUAAUGGUAAUAAUUUAAUUAACAAUAAUAAUAAUAAUAAUGAUAAUAAUAUUAUAAAUAAUAGUUGUACUACAGGCAGUAUAUAUGAAUCAUUAAUAAAUUCAAAGAAAAAUUUAAAUUCAUCUUCGUAUGGUAUUACAAGAAAUGAAAGUAUUACAAGUGGUGGAAGUAGUUGUGUAGAUAGUAUUGAUGGUGGUGGAAUAAUAGAUGGUAUGAUUAGUUCACCGCAGUCAUCAAAAACUGAUAUUAGUACAACAGCAACAUUAAAUUCAACAAAUGUACAACAACAACAUCAAAGAAAAUCUUUUAAUAUACCAUUUGUUUGUAAAUUAUGUUUAAAUGAUGUUAAUAAUUCAAGUGAUGCAACUAUAAUUACACAAUGUAAUUGCAGUUUUUGUACAGAGUGCAUAAAAGCUUAUGUUGAAUUCGAAAUAUCCGAAGGUGCCUAUGAAAUAUCAUGUCCAGAUGCUCAGUGUCCAUCACAAGGUAUAAUAAGUUUAACAGAAAUUGCAACAUUAGCAUCAGCACAUUCUUUACAAAAUCAUCAUAGGUAUAGAUUGAAUAGAGAAAUUGAAUUGGAUAAAACUCGAACAUGGUGUCCACGUGCUGGCUGUGAAACAAUUUGUUUAAUAGGACCUCAACCAUCAUCAUCAACAGUACCAUCAUCACCAAUAUCCUCAUCACAACAUAUUUCAACAACAACUGCAGCUACAUUAAAUACUAAUACAACAGCAAUAGUAACAGUAGCAUCAGUAACAUCACCAUCAGCAUCAUCAUCAUCAGCAUUAUUUGAUGAUAAAGUAAAUUCAAUUACAACAAUGGUCCUUUGUUCAGUCCAAUGUCCAACAUGUCACGAAGAAUUUUGUUCAGGAUGUAAGAAAGCGUGGCACCCAAAUAUUACUUGUGAAGAAAAUAAUCGCCGUCUUACUGAAGAAGGUCAAGAUGAUUUAAUUGGAAUACCAUUCGAUAAUGAUUUAAUAAAAUCUUGUCCAAUGUGUGCUGUACCAAUUGAAAAAGAUGAAGGCUGUGCACAAAUGAUGUGCAAACGAUGUAAACAUGUUUUCUGUUGGUAUUGUUUAGCAAGUUUAGAUGAUGAUUUCUUGCUACGACACUAUGAUAAAGGACCAUGUAAAAAUAAAUUAGGGCAUUCAAGAGCAUCUGUUGUAUGGCAUCGUGCUCAAGUUAUUGGUAUAUUUGCUGGAUUUGGUAUAUUAUUACUUGUCGCUUCACCGCUUUUAUUAUUAGCUGCUCCAUGUAUUAUAUGUUGUAAAUGUCGUAUAUGUAGUGGUGGUAAUACAAAAUUAGAUGAUCCGGAUGCUGAUUUUGAUGAUGCUAUUGUAUUACAAAGGUAGGGAUAGCUAUAUUUAAAAUCAUCUUAGAUCGACUUGAUUUUUAAUUCUUUAUAUGUACAUAUAUACGUAAGCAUAUAUACAAUAUUAUGUGAUUUUUAAUUUUCUUAAUUCAUUUUCAAAUUGUAAACUAAAAUUUAUAUUAAUAUAUAAUUAUAUAUUAAUGUAGUUUAAGUUUAUAAACACUCACACAAAACAAUGUGUUAAUAUUGAAAUAAAUGGAGAAAAUGUAAAUUAUCUUAACUAUACCUUCCUAUUUUUUAACUAUAAAAUAUAAAUUUUGUAAAAAAUUAUUUAAUUUAUUAUUAUUAUUUCUAUAGUUUAUUAGAUUACAAUAUAAAUACAAGUACAUUACCAUAAAUUUCUUGUUAUUAAAUAUUGUACAUAUAUACUUACGUUAUAUUAUUAUUAAAACAUAAGAUUUGUAAUAUGCGAUAUUAUAACGGUAAUUGGCUUAUUAUGAAUUCGUAAGAGCAUAAAUGUAUAAUGGUAAUUAAAUAAGAAUAAAUUUUUAAAAUAAUAUUUACAUAAAAUGAAAUUUAAUUACUUACAAUUAAAUACACAUAAUAGGUAUAAAUUGUAAAUAUGGUUGAAAUGAAAAAUUUGUCAUUUACAUAUAUUCAACAUAUAUACAUACAUUCGCAUAUAAAUACUGACGCACAUUAAUGUAAUGAAUUUUGUUCACUCAAAAAAAAAGCCAGAAACCCUCACUUUUAAUUAAUAAAAAUUAAACUGAAUAAAUAAAUUUUUCGGAAUAUGUUAUUGAAUUCAUAUAAUAUUAAAUAUGUAUGUACAUAAUGUACUGGUAUAGGUAUAAAAAUUAUAUACAUAAUUGAAAUCAUGAAUAUUAUUAAAAUAAAUGACAAGUCAAUUUGAUUUUUACGAAAUUAAUUUAAAAUAAAUAUGUGUAUUUAUUAUACCCGUACGAACGUAUGUUCGAAGGGUAUACUAAAUUUGCCUUACCGUUUGUAACGCUAAGAAAUAACGGUCUUAGAUAUAGACUCAAGUGUAUGUUUUUGAUCAGCGUCAAAUUCUGAGUUGAUUUAGCUUUGUCUGUCCGUCCGUCCGUCCGUCCGUCCCAACGAUAACUCAAAAACUAUUGUAAUUGAUUUAAGUUCACCAAAUUUUCACAAAUGAUUUAUUGUACUAAGUGCCAGAACCCUAUUUAAAUUGGACAUGAUCGGGGUACCGGUUCAGGUAGCUGCCAUACAACUUCAAAAUUUAUUUGGCUAUAUCUCAGAAACUAUAAAAGCUAUGGUAUUGAAAUUUCACACAAACGAAUAUAUUAGUAGGGCCAAUAUAUACUACAUAGUUAGACUACAUAGUCAGUUAUGGCAUCUUUAUUCGCACAUAGGAUAACGAAUUCGUACGGGUAUCACAGAGUUGACAAGGUCAACUCUAUUUUUUUCUCGUUUUUUUUUAUAAUUUAUUCACAAUUAUUUCAAUAAUUCGUUGAGAUAAAUUUUAAUGUUUAUUGUGCAUAUUAAAUGAAUUUUGUUUUGAACUGAUUUAAAAAACCUGUAAUGAAAUUUUGUUCUAAAGGUGACUCUGCGACUUUUUUUUUUUUUCCACAUAACAUGAAUGUUCUGUGACCAAAUAACAUGAGCCAAGUAGCAUUUUUUUCAAAAUCUCUUUUACACAUGUAGUCCACCUUAACUUUACCAUAACCAUAAUUCUUGAAUUGAAACCCGUUUCAAACAGAUUCGCAUUCUAUCAAAUAUUUAUAAAAUUGCUUUUCUUCUCCGCAAUGGGAUUAAUAAUUAUUUGCGUUUCAAUCCAACAAACCAUCUUCUUCAUAAUUUCUCCGUUCUAAAACACCUUAAGUUAUAAAUAACUUAAACUUAGUUCAUAGAAACCUACGUAUUCAUGAAUACGACUAAAUAAAUAGAUUGCGAAAUAGUUUGUAGAUAACAAAAAAUUUAAAAUCACAUUUAAUGACGCAGAUUUUUUUUUAAAAAUAAAAUUCGAAAUCUAUUUUUAAAUAAAUAUGUAUAUCAAGUCGAUCUAAAUUGAAUCUUCUAAAUUCUAUCAAUUUUAUUAUAACGAAAUUUUUUUUAUUUCGAAACGAAAUAAAAUAAUUAAUUAAACUUAAUCAGCUUACUUAUAAAUUUUAACACACACUGUAUGUACAAUUACAUAAAUAUUCACACACAUACAAAUAUAUAUUUUUUACAUGUUUAUUUAUUCAAUUUUCAACAUUAUAAAUUAUAUAUAUAUAUAUAUAUGCAUGUAUGUGAAUAUCUGUUAAAUUAAUAUUAUUAAUAAAAUUAU